GAGACCAGUCCCCAAAACAAUCGUGGAUCGUGCUGUAGAUUAAGCUAACUGGAAAGCACCGUAACAUGCUACAAUGCCGAUUUGCUGGCUUAUUAGCGAGGAGGGUAAUCACAAACCCAUCCGUCUGCCUCAUUUACAGACAGUUGUACUGGGUCGAGGCCCAGAAACGACUAUCAAAGACAAAAAAUGCUCUCGGGAGCAAGUUGAACUGAAAGCAGAAUGCAACAAAGGUUAUGUCAAAGUCAAACAGCUGGGCUUAAACCCCACCUCUAUAGACUCUGUGGUGGUGGGAAAAGGCAACGAGGUCAAAAUAAAGCCUGGACAGCAGCUCCAUAUUGUCAAUCAGCUUUACCCGUACACUGUACAGUUCAAAGAGGACCCAAAUGGUAGCCACAGCAUCCCAAAAAGACCUCGAGAGUCAGCCUCAGAGGACAGAGAGAGCAAGAGAGAGGCUCAGGUUGUGAAAGCAGCCAAACAGACAGAAGAGGUUUCUGUGUCAGCCAGCCAUGGAGAAGCCAAAAGAGAAAGUGCUGGACAUUGGAGCCAAGGCCUGAAGACUUCAAUGCAAGACCCUAAUAUGCAGGUAUACAAGGAUGAUAAAGUAGUAGUCAUUAAAGACAAAUACCCCAAAGCUCGGCACCAUUGGCUCGUCCUCCCAUGGCAGUCGAUUCCCAGUCUGAAGGCUUUGUGUGAGGAACACUGUGAUCUGGUCAAACACAUGCAGCGAGUUGCUGACCAAAUGGUUCAGCAGUGUCCAGAUUCUAGCUCGCUACGCUUCCGCACAGGUUACCAUGCCAUCCCAAGUAUGAGUCAUGUUCACCUCCAUGUGAUCAGCCAGGACUUUGACUCUCCUUGUUUGAAGAACAAAAAACACUGGAACUCAUUUACAACUGACUAUUUUAUUGAGUCUCAUGAUGUCAUUCAGAUGCUUGAAACAAAUGGAAGGGUCACUGUAAAAGAAGGCACCAGUGAGUUGUUGAAGCUGCCUCUUCGCUGCCACAUGUGUUGCAAAGAUCUUCCUACUAUACCAGCUCUGAAGGAGCAUCUGAAGUCUCACUUUCCCAGAUAACAACUGUGACCUCAAACAGAUUCCAAUGCUUUGGAUUUUCAUUGGUUUCAUGUAGGAUUCACACCAUGCUAAAUUUGGUUUUGCUUGUUAAUUAUGACUUGUAAUUAUGUGAACAGAAUAGAAUGUACAACUGUGGUUGAAUUUUCACUUAUGUUUAAGAGGUUAAUGUAAGGAUGCACAUCGUUCAUGCUGAAUGCCAGAUGUCAGGACAGCCAAGUUCUAAGAUUUCUGAAUAGUUCCCGAAGUUUCAAACAUGUUUAAAUAUGUUGCAUUAAAGUUUUCUACGAACUAAA